UAUGAGGGCGAAAGACCAAAUACCUGCCCUUGGCCGCCCAUUCCAGUUGGGAAUGCUUUAUGAUCGCCGUUCCGAGAAACUGGUAAUGGGAAAGACUUUAUGGUCACAUAAACAUUUAAGCGAAUCUAUUAGCAUCCAUCCUAAACCAUAUACAAAUUAUAACGUCUUUGUAGAAAAUUCGAUCGAUGACAAAACAAGUGCCCUCAAAAUAGAAGCAGGUCUUAAGCUUAGUUUUCUGACAGGGUUGGUGAAUGUAGAAGGUUCUGCUAAAUAUUUGAGCGAUGCAAAGACGUCCAAGCGACAUUCCAGUGUGGUGUUACACUAUGAAACAACUACAGAAAUAAAGCAACUGACGAUGGAGCAUCUUGGUAAAGACCAAACUGACUAUCCUGAUGUAUUUGAUACAGUUGAAGCUACUGAUGUUGUGGUUGGCAUUUUGUACGGUGCGAAGGCUUUCUUUGUGUUUGAAAAUGAAGUGUCAGAGGAUGAAUCUGUAGAGAAAGUGAAUGGAAAUAUGAAGGUUUUAGUAAAAUCUCUACCAGGAGUAGAGAUUGGUGGUCAUGGCUCGGUUGAUAUUACUGAAGAACAAAGGAGAUAUAAAGAGAGUAUGAGAUGCAAGAUGUAUGGAGACUUUCGUCUGAACAAGAGUCCAACUAACUUCGAGGAAGCUAUUAAAGUCUACAAAGAAUUACCCUCGCUCAUUGGCGAAAAAGGAGAGAAGGCAGAUCCGAUUAAAGUAUAUUUAUACCCCCUGAAUAAGAUGGAUAAAGGUUUUCAGAAAAUAGCAAGUGGAAUAAGCGCAAAUUUGAUAACUCAAACGUCUAAAUUACUUCAAAAUUUAAUAUUCUUAACAGAAGAAUGUAAUGAUCUUCUUCAUAACAAUAUCUGUUGUAACUUUCCACAAUUGAAGAAGCAGAUAACUAAAUUUCUUGGAAAUGUUGAGCACUACAGAUCCAGUUUUGAAGAAAAAUUGCUGUCAGUUCUUCCUAAGGUAAGAGGAGACAGCAAUAAAGAGCAAGAGCUUGCUUCGCUUAUAAAAGAAAAAGAACAGUCUCCUUUCUCUUGUCGAUCCUUAUAAGCGUGGCUGGAAGAUAGAAAGAAUGAAGUAAAACAAUUGCAACAUAUAUUAGAUUUGUUUGACGAAACCUCUUAUGGCAGUCUGGAUAAUAUCAACGAUCUCUUGAUGGAUGCCAAAAUUAAAUAUAUCGUUUCCUUUACUCUCAAGACUUCUUGGGUAGAAGAUCACCAUUUAAUUAGCAUGGAUGCUUACCAAAAUAAAAACUAUCCUUCAAUAGAAAAUGAAAAUGUUAAAAUAGGCCAGAUUUGGGAGCGAAAGCAAAUCCGUGAUGCCAGACAAAUCUCUCAAAAUUUAAAGUCAUUUCAUGAAAAAAAUGAUGAUAUCAAAUUUCUUGUUAUAGAAGAAUCUUUACCUUUGGGUACCCAUGGUGAAACUGGUGCUUUUGUUUCGCUGUAUGCAAAUGGUAAGCUUGUAAACAAUAAUUUGAGCUCUAGUUUGAAGCCGAAAAACCUGGAAGUCCUAAAAACAAGCCCGAACUCCUUAAAAAUUUCUUGGGAUGAGAAAAAAACGAACAUAGAGUUUGCAAAAAGUUACAAAAUCUUCUAUACCAAUAACAAAAGCUUAGAUACGUGGCCACACAUCGAACAACAAUGGAAUGGUACAAACAAACCAACAGUUGUUCUUUCAAAUCUUGAACCAGCAACCACCUAUCACAUAAAAGUUUGUGCUCUUAAUACAAUUCCGAUAAGUGAGUGCAGUGAAGUUUUAUCAGUGACAACUUUCUCAUAUGGAGUUGAAAGCAAUAGAAUACUUCCCUUCUGCAAACUCCUAAAGCCUUCAGGAAAUAGUGCACCUGCAAUAUAUGGUCUUCCUUUGAGUCGUGUUUUCCAAUAUCGAGAUGAUAAAAUGAUUUGCAGGUUCGAAGUGAAUCUCAACAAUAAAGAAUAUUUUUUAAACAAUGUGAGCAAGCCACAUAAAGCUAUUUUAAUGGUUUCCAUUAAGGCUAACCUUAGUAGAAGAGCUGAUUUUGCAAAUACCAUGGUUAACUACAUAUUUGGUGUACAAUUUGAGGAUAAAUUCCGUCUUCAACUGAUUUAUAACAAAUCUCAUAAAAGGAAAGAGUGCGAAGUCUUCAUUUGUACUUUGCAUCACAUGGAAGUAUUUAAAGUUUAA